UUGGAUGAUGGAAGAGAAACGCUGGUGAUAAUACCAAACUGCAAUGAGCUACUGGUCUUAAUGGGCAUUAAGUUUAAUUACCGUUUCCCAAAAAACCUGCAACAGUGUGAUGGGUAUAGUUAUACAAAAAUUCUCUUUAAUUGACAUAACAGGAAAGGUACUUCAGUGAGCAAUUAUGCUGAUGUCCUGGGCUGGCACAUGUGUGUACCACAAAUAUAUCUUGUAUUUCCUGCAAAUUUCUUUUAAGUAGCUAUAAGGAAGACGUUCUCUUUUUUUUUUUUUUUUUUUUUUUUUAUGGUUCAUAGCAGCGAUUCACUUACUUAGGGCUCUUUCUGAGAAAACAAUGGAACAAAACAAUGCUUUUUGAAUGACCUGCCAAAACACAAAGGAUGCAAGGGAUGUUUUUUUGCUUUGUUGUUUUUUUUUUUGUUGGUUUUUUUUUUCAGCAGGAAGUUUUGUUGUUGGAAACUUCUAUAACAUGGACUGUCCUUGCUCUAUGAACCACUGUCUAGUCCUGCAAGCCGGGUUUUGUUACUUGCCUCAUCAAACUGGCACAAGCACUGUUCUGCUUCACUCUGAGGGCUUUGUUCAGUUCUGAGUGUCCUCACACUUACUCUCCAUCCGGACUGAUGCACAAUAAACAAACUUCAGAAGUCGGGUGGUCCAAUGACUGCUGGGUUCGCACAGGUCAGGGCCCACAGCUAAGAAUGCUGACUUUGUGAAUCGCCGUUUUUUUUUUUUCCUUAGACUGCUUGAAGUCAGAGUGCUAUAGAGUACAAACAGUUUUGAAGCGUUUUAGGUGUAAAUAUUCCUUUCCGAAACUCGACUUUGAUGUGUUCAGGUCUGCUUUGUUUCCCUGUAGGUUAGUUGUAGGUUUGUGACAAGGAAUCAGAUCCGACUGAGUAAAUCACUUGUGGAAGUUAAUUGUUCAGAGUGAAAGCUGGUCUGGCUCAUUUUGCCUCUGUCACAGGAAGAGACAGAGGUGGUGUGCUGGAUCUGCGUUCUAAACCAAGCACUGACGCGACUUUAAUUUCGAUCAGAUGUCUCUCUUCAGGGCACUAAAGAAAACUUUUGCAGUAGUUAAAAAGAGCCUCUUCUCUAAAGAAACGACUGAAGCAGUGAGGAUGGAAGCCACUCAGAUUAAUAUGUCCCGCGUUCCACUGGUUAACGGAGGCAUCAGCACUGCACUCAAGGCACACAAGCCCCGUGUGAUGUCCAAAAGCGGUCACAGCAAUGUGCGCAUAGACAAAGUUGAUGGCAUUUACCUACUCUACCUUCAAGAUUUGUGGACUACAGUUAUAGACAUGAAGUGGAGGUACAAACUCACCUUAUUUGCUGCUACAUUUGUUAUGACCUGGUUCCUCUUUGGAGUUAUCUAUUACGCCAUUGCAUUCCUUCACGGAGACUUAGAAAUAAACACGUUCACCUCAAAGCGGGAGCCAUGUGUCAAGAAUGUAGACUCUCUUACAGGGGCAUUCCUCUUCUCUCUGGAGUCACAGACAACCAUUGGCUAUGGAUUUCGUUUCAUUACAGAGGAGUGUCCACAUGCCAUUUUCUUGCUUGUGGCCCAACUGGUUAUCACCACCUUGAUUGAGAUCUUCAUCACAGGCACAUUUCUGGCAAAAAUUGCAAGACCUAAAAAAAGGGCAGAAACUAUUAAGUUCAGCCACUGUGCUGUCAUUACUAAACACAACGGAGAACUUUGCCUGGUGAUCAGGGUAGCAAACAUGAGGAAGAGCCUUCUAAUACAGUGCCAGCUCUCUGGGAAGCUUCUUCAGACAUAUGAAACCAAAGAAGGGGAGAGAAUCCUGCUUAAUCAAGCCAGUGUCAAGUUCAAUGUUGACUCCUCUUCAGAAAGCCCAUUUCUCAUUUUGCCUUUAACAUUCUACCAUAUUUUGGAUGAAAGCAGCCCUUUAAGAGAUCUCACACCUCAAAAUCUCAAGGAUAAGGAUUUUGAGCUUGUGGUGCUCCUGAAUGCCACAGUGGAGUCCACCAGUGCUGUCUGUCAAAGCAGGACUUCCUACAUACCUGACGAGAUCCACUGGGGUUAUGAAUUCGUGCCUGUGGUUUCUCUCUCUCCAAAUGGAAAGUAUGUGGCAGAUUUCAGUCAGUUUGAGAAGAUUAGGAGAAGCACAGAUUCUUCUUUUUAUAGUAUGGACUCAGAAAAACAAAAAUUAGAGGAGAAAUACAGGCAGGAGGAUCAAAGAGAGAGGGAACUAAGAACGAUGUUGUUACAGCAGAGCAAUGUUUGAUUGAAUGGACAAACUAUCUUGUUAAAUUCUUUCCAAAACCUGAAAGAAAAAAAAAAAAAAAACAUUUUUUUCUGUACUGUAUGUCUAUUAUAAAACCAGCAGUGAAGACUUUUUCAGAAAAUAGCUUUGGCAUAGAGUAAACAUAUCUCUUUGUUUGGCUGAGUUGUUAAUCAAGUAUUUUAUAAUUAGGUGGGAUUUCUUUGUUCAUGAUCUUAGCAAAGUUGGAUUUGUAUCAAGUGUCUGCCUCAUACCAACGCUAAAAGCAGACACACCACUUUCUGUUUGGAAAGUGAAACUGGAUGCACAGUGCUGAUUCCUUCAAAUAUUUAUUUGACGAACUUUUACUGUGAGCAGAGACAGCACAUAGUACUGCUAAAAAAAAUAUGUGCUCUGUUAAAAAAAUGUCUACUUAAAAUGUAAAUUUUCAUACCAGGUCUUAUCUUUGAAGGAAUUCCUGGUGAGGAAAAUCAGGGAGACAAAUUGCCAACCAUGGGAAGAGCCUGCAGGGAAGGGACAAACUCCUUCUUAAAUCUUGAAGGAGAGUGACGGAGUAGUUGUGCUGGGUGAUCUGGAAGGGAUUUCUCUUUCUCUGCUGCACAGAACGUGUUUUGUGAUUACUCACUUUUUUUAACCUUGUUAAUGGCUGAUUCAUAGCAAAAAAAAAAAAAAAAGGAGGUAAGGGCAAGAUAUACAGAAUCGUAAUAGUAAUCAACUAGAGUUAAAGCUGACUUUGAGACACCCGUUUUUUAUCCAGUGUAAAUAGUUUGUAACAGCAGCAUAACAAUACAUUUCUACAGAUUGCUUGCUUUGCUAUAGACCAUAUUUAAUUUGGUUAAAUCUGUGUUAUGUCUGUAGACAAUAUUUACUUUUUCUGGCAACCAUAAAGGACAAGCAUUCCUUUCAUCCAUUUCAUUUUUGGUCUAUUAAAACCAUUCCACUAAUAAAGGAAUUUAGUUUGA